AUGGCGGAUCUCGCGGCCAGCGGCGAAUUGAACCAGCCCAUCCUCAACCUCACGCCGGAUGAGAAGCGCAUCUUCCAGUUCCUGUUCCAGCAGGCCGACACAGAGAAGCUUGGCGUCAUAACAGGCGAGAUCGCCGUCAAGUUCUUCGAGCGCACCAAGCUUGCGCCGGCGGUGCUGGGUGAGAUAUGGCAGAUUGCAGACACGGAGAACCGCGGUCUGUUGACCAUGGCCGGCUUCUGCCAGGUCCUGCGUCUCAUCGGACACUACCAGGCCGGCCGGGACCCCGCGCCCGAGCUUGCUUUUAGACCUGCGCCGCUGCCCAAGUUCGAGGGCCUCAAUAUACCCGCCGCGCCGUCGGCAGCCCCCAGCUUCUCUCCACAGGCGACGGGCUCGAUACAGCCUCAGAUGAGCGGCAAUGGCCCCAUCCGUGUCCCUCCGCUGGUGCCCGCCAAAGCGGCCGAGUACGCAGGCUUGUUUGAGAAGUCAGGGGCUGUCAAUGGCGUCCUGUCUGGCGAGAAUGCAAAGGAGAUAUUCGAGAAGGCGCGGUUACCAAACGAAGUGCUCGGGCGCAUCUGGAAUCUCUCAGACACAGAGCAGCGUGGAGCGCUGAAUGUCACAGAGUUCAUUAUUGCCAUGCAUCUGCUGGCAUCGUACAGAACAGGCAAUAUGAAGGCGCUGCCGAAUGCGCUGCCACCGGGCCUGUACGAGGCAGCAUCACGGAGAGGCCAGCUUCCUCCACCCCCAGGACGUCCCGACCAGUCUACCAUCCCACGUCAGUUCAGCGGCCAAAAUGCGCCCAGACAAGGAAGCCCGCUUGCAAGACCUCCCUUUGGCGCACCACCUCCAGCAGCACAGCCGACCGGCAGCGAUUGGCUGAUUAGCCCACAAGAGAAGUCUUCGUAUGACAACCUAUUCAAAGGUGUAGACACGACGGGCCGUGGAUUCAUUACCGGAGAUCAAGCAGUGCGCUUCUUCAGCGACUCGGGGCUGCCAGAGGACGUCUUGGCUGGAAUCUGGGAUCUUGCGGACAUCAACUCAGAAGGACAACUGUCAAGAGACGAAUUCUCCGUGGCCAUGUACUUGAUCCGGCAGCAACGGAAGGGCGACGCGCUUCCUACAACACUGCCGCCGAGUCUGAUCCCGCCAUCUCUACGCACCGCUGCCAACCAGGCUGUUCCCGUACCAGCACAAGCCGCGCCGCCUGCACCUCAGCCCAAAUCUGCUGCUGACGAUCUAUUUGGCUUGGAUGCCUUCACUGCGCCUACGGCUGCUCCCGCGCAAGCUCCACAGUCCACCGGUGGCUCUGCAUCGUUUAGCCGUCCAUUCGAUAAUGACCCGUUCGCGAAGCAAGGCAGCGUCGCCUACUUCGCCUCAUCCGUUCCAACCUUCUCCACGAAACCCUGCUUCCACAUUCAAGCCUUUCAUGCCGAGCUCUUCAUUUGGCCAGACCCUCACAUCACAUUCUACUGCCGCGCUCCACCAUCGGCUAUGGAUGACCUGCUGGGUGGAGAGACUGAUGCGGAGAUCAACAAGAAGCUGACACAAGACUCUACUGAGUUGGCCAAUAUGUCAAAUCAAAUGACGACGCUCCGCACCCAGAUGCAGGAAGUAUCGAACAAGAAGGUCACGACCGCAAGCGAUCUCAACAGCGUCAACACGCAGAAGCGCGACCUCGAAAUUCGCUUGACGCAGUUCAAGAACCAAUACGAGCAGGAGGUCAAGGCAGUCAAGGAGCUAGAAGAGCGCCUGGCGUCCUCGCGCAACGAGACGCGCAAGCUGCAACAAGACCUCGCCAUGAUUGAGGGCACUAUUCAGGAUCUCCAGAAUCAACACCGCCAGGUUGGUGGUGCGCUCGAGGCUGACCAGCGCGAGAACAGCAAUCUGAAGGAGCGUAUCCGUCAGAUCAAUGUCGAAAUUGGACAGUUGCGACCCCAGCUGGACAAGAUGAGGAACGAGGCUCGUCAACAGAAGGGCAUGGUAGCGAUCAACAAGAAGCAGCUCACUACGAACGAGGGAGAGCGCGAGAAGCUCAAGAGUGAGAUAAAUGAACUAAGCAGGGCUCCAGAAGACGGAGUCCGCAGCCCGCAAGCCCAGACGCCGAGUGUGGUCAGUCCCGCAGCAUCUGUUACGAGCCAGAGCACCAACCCAUUCUUCCGCAAAUCGCCGGCACCCGUCACGGAGAACACCAUGUCGCCUUCAGGCUUUGCACGCGACGGCCCCCACAAGGACUUUGACAGCGUGUUUGGCGCGUUCGGACCUCCUCAGAGCGCAGCACCAUCCGUCUCCUUCCGCCCCGAUUCUCAGAACCAGGGUGCGUUCUCUGCGCCAUCUGGCCAGUCGGUUCGCUCUUCUGAGGGACCUGAUGUGCCUACACCUUCAACGUCACCGCCUCUCUCGUCCUACCAAGAGUCACCGCGCGGUGCAGAGCCUCCAGCUCCUCCAGAGUCUCGCCAAUUCGCUUCAGCUUUCCUGCCACUCAGGGAUGCUGUGCCUCGUUCCGACUCGUUUAGCUCCUCUGUGAAGGUUUCCGCGCCUGGCAGUCGACAUGGCGUACCAGGCACCGAGACACCCACGAUCUCAAAGGCCUCCCCAGCCAGCACCCCCGUGGCUGAAAAGCCCAGCAUCGAGCGAGCCGAUACCAGCCGCACAGAGACUGACAACUUCAACCCCUCUUUGUUCGACAGGACCUUUUCUACUGCAUCCCCUGUUGCCAGCGUCACCAGCGAUGCUCAGCGAUCUACUAGACCCGAGGAGCGCAACAACUACCCCAGCUUCGGCCCACCAUCGCAGGUCACGCAAGAUCUUCCGGGAGCGUUCCCUCGUGAUACAGCAUCUCCACUCCAGCAGAUGCAGACUGGAGAGAGCAACUUGAGCGGCGCAAGCAAGAACACCAACCGCGCUGAUCCAUUCGGUUCCGCUUCUGGUGAACAACCUCGUGUCGGUGGAAAGGUAGACUUUGAUGCUGCUUUUGCUGGCUUCGGUCCCAACCGCCAAAACUCUGCUAGCGUUUCUUCCAAUGGUCCUAUCGACAACUCAAACAGGUUCAACAAGGAGUUCCCGCCGAUCGAGGACCUUGCUCAUGACGAUGACAGCGACAGCAAUGAUGGACGCGGCUUCGACGACAACUUUACUUCGGCCUCUCCUCACCAGAAGCGCACCAGCGCUGGUCCUGACGCCGUGUCCCAGCCUGCUCGACCAGGAACUGCAUCGACGACUGAUGAUCUGUACAGCAGGCCAGCUCCCGCUAGCCGCCUGGACUCAACCUUGAGCGACUUGCCUACUCCCGGCGCCCAGAAGUCGCCGCCGUCGUACGAAUCAACUGUGCCUCAGCGAAGCGGAUCAAACCAGUUUCCGCCAGAGUUCGGCGGCCUUCUUCCUUCGCGUGACGUGCCUGGCUCGCCUACGACUUCGCAGGGCCCUGAGAAGUCUUACAACCCAUCUGGCGGUCACGGAGCUGCGUUGUUUGGCGGGCCCCAAUCCAAGUCUGUCACAACUUCGCCACCUCCUCUAGACACCCCGUCGUCGACUGUACCGUCCGAUGCCUACCAUUCCGCUGUCUCCUACGGAACGAGCGAGACGAACAAGGGCCCUACACCGCCCGCAAAUGUCCCUCAGCUAGGCAGGUCCGCAUUUAAUGACGACUUUGAUGCUGGUUUUGACGACUUGACCGAGGCCAAGGAGGACGACAAGACGGACGACGACUUCAUGUUCUCUUCUCAGCGAAGCGAUGGGCUUGACGAGUUCAACCCAGUCUUUGACUCGCCCGCUGCGUCCAAGUCGAACACGAUGGCCUCGCAGCAGACACCCACGGGCAAACAGCGCGCAGAUGACAGCUUCAGUGACUUUGAGCACUUGUCGCAACACUUUGGCCAGCCACAAGCACCACAACCGUCAUCCUCGAACCAGGACUGGGACGCCAUCUUCUCCAACCUUGAGUCCUCUUCGACAGACAAGAACUCGCAGCAGGCAUCGACCGAGUUCGGCAAGUCGUCUGUUUUCGACACGCUUGACAAGGAAGAGGCUGCAGCAUCAUCGUCCCUGGCACCACAGAUGCCACAGCUCGGUCGGGCCAUUUCGACUGGCACGGAACACGACGACCCCAUUUUGAAGAAACUUACCGGUAUGGGAUACGCGCGUAACGACGCUCUUGACGCGCUUGAGAAGUUCGACUAUGACAUUAACAAGGUGAGCUAG